CGUAAUUAUGCUGCGUGUCGUGUGCCGAGGCUCGUCCACCGAUUCCUCGAACUGAUAGAAAUUCUUAUGGCUGCUUCUCACGAUAGCCAAGUGUAAAUGGCGAUGUUUCGUUUGGUGAAAAGCAGAAAAGUGAAAAGGUACACGUUGAAACGCCGAGAGGCUGGGGGAGUUUCACGGUACACUUUGCGAUUCGUUUGAUCCGCCUCGCUAAUUUCAGCCACAUGUAUAUAAACGUUAGGUUUGCUGCGACCACAAGCAGAGAGUGUUUCGCUUCUCGAGGCGUCUGCUCGUAGUAUUUCUCAUUUUCGUCAGAAUGAGACGAAAGCUUUUGUAUGCUGCUGGUUUAUUGGUGUUGCUCGUGUUGCUCCAACAACCAGCUGAAUCGAAAAAGGUAAUCAUCCAUGUCCCCUACCGAAUAAAGAACGUGAAGCACACGCACACGAUCUACAAAAUCUUACCGCACUAUGACGAGGACAAGAAAGACAUAGAAGAGGAAGAUAAAUAUGAAUUUUAUUAGAAAUAAGUAGGAAGUAGUAUAGCGGAAAGGUUGCGAGUAAUUAAUAAAAUAUGAAAAACAAACAACCUGUAAUAGAGUUAAGUUGAAACAAAUCUCGUAGACUUUUGUACUCAGAUAUAAAAGAAGAAGUAAAAAAAAAGAAAAAAGAAAUUAAGAGUUAAAUGUUCGAGAAAGACAAGAUGAAAAGUUGAAAGAGAAACGUUUAAGGAUGACGAUAUGUAUAU